AUGUAUAACAACAUUUUUGAUGAUAUGAAUGAAAACUGUGUUCUUUUUAUAAGGCAGAAUGACCAAUUUUAUAAAACACAUAAUGAGAAUGGUCAAAAGCAGGUUGAGCAACUGUUAAUUUUAUUUGAGCAAGUUUUGGUGCUUCAGAAUAUUGUGAAAUUUAAUCAGUGGUUGUACAAUAAAAAUUAUCCUCAGGAACCAGCUAACGAAAACAAAGGCAUCCGAUUUGAAGCUCAAUCAGUUGAAAUUCUCUUCAGAAAUAUUUGCUUUGCUUGCACCAAUAUUUUCAUCGUUUACAAAUAUCUUGGAUAG